AUGAAGAAGGCCGGCGCGCAAAGUCACUUUGGGGCACGACAUGACAUGUAUGGAUCCAGCUUGGUUUGCAUCACAACCCAGACGUUGAAUAACAUUUUUUCCCAUGUCAAGGUUCAAGGGUAUGCAGACUUCGUGACCACACGUGCAGAAGAAUUGGAGUGUGUUCUUUCUCGUCAAGUCUUUUUGCCCCAACGACGCUGGGGCGCCCAUGACCCCUUUGCUGGCGCCAGCUUGAUGGCCGCUGACAAGGCGAAACGCAAAGUUGUGAACCUUAUGCUUAAGCUGGAAACUACAAAAUUUUCAGUGCCUUCAGGACAGGCGGCCAUGCUUGAAGCUGACUCGACUUGA